AUCAGGAGCUGGUGAUGAGGAAGGCCUGGACCCAGAAAGCAGGGGAUGCUGUGCUGGGAGGAACAAGCGUCGGCAGGGCACACUGCAGCUGGAGGAUGCUGUUGGUGGGCAUGUUCCAAGCAAAUGAAGGAACAGGUGUAUGUGCUGUGCCCUGUGUACCACAAGAGACAGGGAUGGGGGCAGAUGAUGCUGUAACAGUGUCUGGUGUCCAGGCCAUGGGUGGCUGUCACUUGGCCCUUGUGGUGACUACCCAGGGGGACACUUGCAUUCCUGGGCAUAAGGGCAGGUUACUCACCAACUCGAGUUAAUGGCUAACCCUGGAGCACCUCCAGCAGAAGGUGGAAGUUCAGCUAUGUGUGGUCUGCAAGGAGCACUUUGAGGGAGUGGGACCCUGCCCACUCGCUCUGUACCGUGAACUGGGAGCAUUGUGGGGAGGCAGCAGCAUGAAUGGGGGCCAUCACAGAGCGCCUGGUGCCAGGAGGCCCAUGCUUGCAUCCUGCUCCCCACUGAAGAUACGCUCCUGGAUGCUGAACUGUUGCUUAGCCCUUCAGCACCUGGCUGUGCAGGCCUCCUUGCUCUGCAUCUUCCACCUCCUCUUCCUGCCUACCCUGCCUGAGGAGCCACCCCACGCCCAGGCCACCAGCGAGCUGCUGGCACGCAGCCUCUUUGCCUGCGGCAUCUCCACAGUGCUGCAGACCACCUUGGGGAGCCGGUUGCCACUGGUUCAAAUCCCAUCCUUUGAGUACCUGGUCCCUGCCACGGUGCUGAGCUCCCACCUGUCCGUUGGUGCCAGGACAGACAGGAAUGGCACAAACGAGGCCACUGCAUGCCUUGCACAGCACUGCACCAUCACAGGGAGCUGGGCUACCUCGCUGCGAGAGGUCUCAGGAGCCGUGCUGAUCUCCGGGCUGUUUCAGCUGGUGUUGGGAGUGUCUGGCCUGUGUGGGUGGGCAGCCCGGCACUGCGGGCCCAUGGUCCUGGCCCCCAGCCUUUCCAUCAUUGGGCUGUCUGCAUACAAGGAGGCUGCUUUAUUCUGCUCCACUAGCUGGGGUGUAGCACUGCUGCUCUUACUCCUUGCUGUCACCUUCUCCCAGUACCUGGGGUCCUGCCGCCUGCCCUUCUGUGCCUGGUCCCAGGCUUGGAGAGGCUCCACAGAGCUGUCUGUCCCCACCCUGCGCAUGUUCUCGGUACUGGUCCCAUUUGCUUGUGUCUGCAUCAUUUGUGCCAUCCUCAGCCAUCUCCAUAUCCCUUGGGAAUCACUGGACCUGGCUGUAGCACAGCUGCCUUGGGCUAACAGCACUUUCCAUGCCCCUUGGCUCCGCAUCCCGUACACAGGUGAGUGGGGGCUGCCGUUGCUCACCCCUCGGGCACUGGCUGUGGGCAUCGCCAUGGCCAUUGGCUGCAGCAUGAACUCAGUGGGCUGCUACGUGCUAUGCGGGAGGCUGCUGCGAGCCCCCCAGCCACCACCCCUGGCCUGCAACCGGGGGGUCUGCAUGGAAGGGCUGGGCAGCCUCCUGGCUGGGCUGCUGGGCACCCCGGGGGGCACUGCUGCCAGCAUCGCCAACGCCUGCACCAUCGGCCUCACACAGGCUGGCUCUUGCUUUUCAGUGCAAGUAAGUGCGCUGGUGUGCAUGGUGCUAGGCAUGUCCCCGAGGCUGGCAGGUCUCCUCACUCGCAUCCCAUUGGCAGUUCACGGGGGGGUGCUCUGUGUCACCUACGCUGUGGCCGUGGGCAUGGGGAUCUCCUACUUCCAGUAUGCGGACAUCGACUCAGGAAGGAACAUCUUCAUUGUCGGCUUUGCCAUGUUUAUGGCGCUACUGGUGCCACGGUGGUUCAGUGCAGCUCCAGCUCACCUGGCCACAGGUUGGGUGCCCCUGGACCUCCUCUUCCUCUCUCUUCUCAUGGUGCCUGUCUUUUUAACUGGCUUCUUGUCAUUUUUCCUGGAGAACACUGUCUCAGGAACCCUGGAGGAGCGUGGACUGCGUUCCAACCUGGCGCUGCAGAAAGCUGGGGCAGGUGAUUGCCAGCCCUGUGGAAAAAGAGGUGAAGCCAGCCAGGUGUAUGGACUUCCUGCUGGGCUGAGACGGCUGCUGCCAUCCUCCUGUAAAACCUUUCCCUGCUGUUUCCUCUGCCCUGGGAGUGAUGAAGAGGAGGAGAAGGAGGAGGAAGAAGAGGAGGAGGGUAGCCAUGGUCCCGAGGAGGGGACCACUGACCCAGGGGAAGGGACGCACCUGCUCACCAAACCCAGCUUGGGGGGAGCUGCAGCUGGCCAGCAGGAUGAGUGAGACAGAGAUGCCUGCACACUGUGGCCUGACCCCACAGUGAAGGGACACCUUAUGGAAGACCAGGGCUGUGUCCCCAAGGUAGCUCCUUGUUUCUGAAGCCCACAUGGACUGGAGGGACCUGGACUUCCACACUCCCAGCAAGAACUUCAUUUCCUGCUUGGGGCCAAGCUAUAAAAACCUUCAACCAACUUUGACCUUUCCCGGGG